GCAGCCAGCCAGCUCCGCCGCGACUCCAACCCCGGUCCUGUCCCGCAGCGCCAGCACCCCCAGGAGCUGCUGGCCGCAAAAUAUCUCGUUGCGGCUGCUCCUCUACCUCCUCGUGCAGGGGAUUACCCUGCUUCAAACGGGGGCAAAGGCGCGAGGGACCUGGCUUUACAGCAGCACUCUACUAGGGGUGGGGGAAGCGCCCAGGAGCGAGCCUACUGUCCGUGGGGCACAACGUCCCCCCAGCUGCAGCCCAGGGCAGUGCCAGGAGAGCUCUUGAUUAAGUGACUGAAGGAAAAAAUGAGACGUUUGUUUGUGUGCCACACGCUGGAGCUGCUCCUUGUUUGGAAGGUGAAGCCUGGUGGAGCAGAUGCCCCAGGAGGAGGCCCUAGAAAGAGAGAAAAGUAUAUGGAAUGCUGAGACAUGAAUGCACAGAAGAAAACAUGUCAUUAGCCAGAUGACCCUUAACAAGACCCGACGGUGAGGAGCAUCGUGGAGGAAGCCGUACGGGACGUAGUCAGAAAAUGCAUCGCCAAGACCCCCUCCGAGCAGGAUGUUGCCACUUACCUCAGUGGCUCCCUGGAGGCUGAGUUUGGAAGAGAGGGGGGAGACCUGUCCUCUCUCUGGUCCCGCGCCCGCAACGCCUUGAGACACCUGGGAAAGAGGAUUGGCUGCCGCUGGAAGUGGUGUGAGGAGCACCGGGAGCUGGGAAUACUGGUGCCAUGCAUAAAGACCCCAGACCACAGCAUCGUCACCCCAACCGCCAGAAUGAUGCUGGGAAGGACCCUGAAAGACGCCAUCCGCUGCCACUAUGCCAAGAACCUCAAGCAGAAGCCAGACCAGGGCAAGGUGUUUGAGGUGUCCAGAAAGUGGGAUGCCAGCAACCACUUCCUCCCCGGGGGCAGCUUCACCAGGUUCGCUGACUGGCGGUUCGUCCACUGGGCCCGACUCAACUGUGUUCCCCUCAACGGAGCCAUCCGCCACGGCAACCGGGACAAGCGCUGCAGGAAGUGUGGCUACACCAACAAGUCCCUGCCCCACAUCCUGUGUGGAUGCAAACAGCACUCCGGAGCCUGGCAGCACCGCCACAAUGCCAUCCAGAACCGACUGGUGAAAGCCAUCCCACCGUCCCUGGGAAAGAUCACCGUCGACUCCACCAUCCCCAGGACAGACAGCCGACUGCGACCCGACAUUGUUGUGACCAAUGCGGAAAAGAAGAAGGUCCUCAUAGUAGACGUCACGGUGCCAUUUGAAAACAGGUCACCGGCCUUCCAUGAGGCCCGAGCACGGAAGGUGCUGAAGUACACCCCUCUGGCUGACCCCCUGAGAACCCAGGGCUAUGAGGUCCAAAUACAUGCCCUGGUCGUAGGAGCCCUGGGUGCAUGGGACACCCACAACGAGCCGGUACUGAGAGCGUGCGGAGUCGUUCAAUGCUAUGCCCAGCUCAUGAGACAGCUCAUGGUGUCUGACACCAUCAGGUGGUCCAGAGACAUCAACACGGAACACAUCACAGGACACCGCCAGUACCAGGUUGAGAAACCGAGAACACUGACCAGGAAAAUAACCCACUUCCUUCCCUGAUGAACUGAGGGACGCACCCCACCCAUGUACUUAUUCUCUACGCCAAUAUUGACUUGGACUCUUAAUACAUUCCGUGGGUGGUUUACCCGAGCCCACUUAUCCACUGAUGCUUUAAAAACUCCCACUCCCCAAUCUGGAUCUAUGCUGGUUAUGUGAUAUGUAUGUAUCUCGUGAACUUUGUAACCAAUACUCGCAAUCCCCCAUAACCCAAGCCCGACCCCAGAUGUACAGUACCUUCCCUCUUAACUUG